AUGUUUUGUCGCCAGCCUGCAACGCGCCAUUCGCUGGACAUCCCGGGCGUGCCCCACGGACAUGCUUGCGGGCCCAGGCUGGCGGCGCGACGCGAGCGGCUCUCACCUUGUCUCGUUGGGCUGCCAGUGGUGUGGAUUUACCAUGUCCGAUCGCAGAGGUGUGCUGUCACGCAAAAGCAACGGUUGCGCCAGCUGCCCGCUUUCAAGAGAGUGACUAGAGCCUUCGAGGUUCAUCUCUGUGCCAGAGGGGGAGAUGUUAUCGACGGCAACCACCCUCUAAAGAAUGUGCCUCGACGCCUUGAAACAAGGCGAUGGCUAGACGGACGCAUUCGUUCGCUCGUUAUGGAUGCCUACCUCGACUACCUUGACAAUCAAGCAGUGGAAUCAGUCUCGAUGUCGAGGCUGCUCCGGGAAGCACUUCGAUUGUACUCCCAGAUCUCCUUCCAGAGGCAGCUAGCCAUGCUCGUGGCAAAAUGGAAGGAGCUGAGCGAAAAGCAAGGCAUCGCGGUCACUGAGCCUGAGACAUGGAGUUCAGACUUUGAGAUCUUGCAGGAAAAGGCACCAGAGCCCCUUUGCUGGCGCAAAAUGGAGAACACUGCGGGCUUGACAGUCGCUGCUGCCGAUGUGCUGUUUUGGAAACACAGCCUGGACAGCAAGGACGCCCGAGGUCGGACAAGUCGUCGGACGAGUCGAGCGAACAGAGGAUUUGCAACCCAGUCUGACGGCGUUGAGAAGUCCUCGGAGGAGCUGAAGCCCUCGGGCAAGGAUCUGGACAUGUGCGAGCUUGUGGGGGCAACCGUCAACUAUCUGCUGCCGGCGAUGGCUGAACGUAUGCCAGGCAACGAGCCCGUUCGAUUACUUCUGCCGCAGGAGAUGGAGAAGACUGCUGGACGCCGUAUCUUCGAGGCCUUCUCGAACGAAGACCGGGGAUGUCAGCUUGAGGUUCAGACCUUUUCAGGCUGUCCAACCUGGGACCAGCUCGUGACGGAAAGCCAUUGCAUGGUCUGUGUGUACCGGGAAGCCACGGUGCCAGCCAGCUCUGAGUGCUGGACUUUGCCUGUGGACAGCAUGCACAGCACGAGGGCAGUCGCCGCGGCACCCGUCGCUGCGGCGCCCGUCCUGGUGGUUUCAAUUCUCGAGCACGGUGUUCGGAUGAACUUCCCAGGCACCUACAAUAAGAUGUCGCAGUGGCUCCAACAAGCCUUCGAGACUGACUUCGAGGAUCAAGAGCCAGCGGAUUUCUUCUCGCAGCUUUCGCAGGUGUUUGCAUCCAAGCUUGGCGACGAUGCUGAAAGAUUUCUUGGUUCAAGGGUGAAGUGUUCGGCUGCUUCUGCGACCCUCCAGUCGAAGCUUUCCAUUGUGAUCAAGAAGGCCUAUGGUGCCUCAUGGAUGAAGCUCGUGACUGCAAGGUUGCAACAGCUCGAAGCCGGCAGGAAGGAUGCCCAGCUCCUGCUGCGCAGGCAGAGGGAGCGAGAUGCUGCAGCAGCGAUCAUGCUGGCUGAUCUCGCCAAGGCAGUGCAGAGCCUUGACGUUGAGAAGUUCCAGAAGAAGAGCCGUGUGGCACAGCGGGAGCAGCUGUUGACGACGACGAGACUGGAAUCGCUGCAAGAGCAGAUGGCGCUUGCUAUUGGAGCUGCGCAGGCUCCAAUCAAGCAACUGGCCGACACCUGCUGCAGCGACAUCGAGGAGGCAUUGAAUGUGGAGGUGCUGGGAGCGUUGAGGACUGAGCUGGCAAGAACACAGCUCACGAUGUCUGAUCCAUGGCUGCAGGCAGGGCUUGAGUUGAAGCUGGCCUUGGAGGCCCUGCAUCAGCUGCAUAUUGACAUGAGUGAGUUUCUCAACUCGCACAGCUCCACAGCGUCUGCGUCGUCUACGCCUAGUGAGAUGCCAGGUGAAGGUACGGACUCCAACUCCGAAGCACUGGCAAGGCUUGCGAAGGACCUGACAGAAGCAAGCGAUUGUUUGGAUCGCUUCGAGCGCCGCUUGCGUGCCUCAGGCAGAGAAGUCUCGUCCGAGGGGGUGCGGCCUUUGAGACGUUUUCUGUCCCAGUGCGAUAGCAAGCUCAUUGCUGCAAGGCAUGACGAUGAGCUUGAUCAGAUGCUGCGAUCACCGCCGUGGAGACGGGAAUCGCGGCUCCUCGCCGGCGUCACCAAAGAAGCCUGGCAGAAGCUCCAGGAUGUGGCCGACCAGGCGACGGACGAUGCGAGAUCGAGGCUACACGAGCAGCUGCAAGAGGCAUCCUCUGUGGUGCAGCUGGCUGAUCAACUGCGCAAGGCCACACAAGGUGAUGACGAGGAUGCUCUCCAAAAACUGCUGCGACAGGCUGCUGAGCUGAAUAUCAGCGGCUUGGGCAAUGCGCAGAGGCGCUGUGAGCAGCUGAGAAGCAUGAGGUCUGAUCUUCGGAAAGGCUUGGCAGAUGCAGUUGCAGAACUAGACCUUGCCAGAUUCGAAGCGCUGCAAGCUCGUUCUGCGCAACUGCCUGCUGAAGAGCUUGAGAAACUCCGACAGGGUCUGCACUCGUCGAUUGCAGAGGAGGAACACGCUCUUCAAGAAGUGAUCAACUCGGACUUGUCGGAGGACGGUUUGCGAGGGGCUCUGACAAAGUGCAGGCUAUCCUCAAAGAACGCAUGGAGAAGACUCGCUGAAACCUCUCUGGUGGCUCUGGAAGCUGCCAACAAGAUUCGCACAGCGUUGGGCUGUGUGCCCGUCGACGAGAUGGCUCUCCAGGCCUGUCUCAGCUCGGGCAGCUUUGCGGCCAAAGAGUUGCAAGAGUCAUCAACGGAGGUUCAAAAUCUCGACGAAGGCACCCAGCUUAGUGGAGCAGCAUUCUCCACGCUGCAGACGGCUCUGGAUGAUGGCUAUCUAGGGCUCGCAGGGGCACAGGCAGACCAAGCUCUGGAAACUCUCCUGAGCUCCAAGAGCUGGGACGAUUGGGAGGCCAUUCAGCCCAGCGACCUGCGCGAGCUGGAGGUUCGAGCGGAGGGGGCAACCAAAGAAGGCCGCAACCGCUUGUCUCAGCCACUGCAGACGGCUUUGGAGGUCGGACAGUGCUCCGUGGAGCUGGCAGCUUCCAUGAAGAAUAAUGCAGAGAAGCUGGAAGCCUGCCUGAAGAAGGCAGAAGAGUUGGGGUUCAAGGGCCUGGACAGGGUGCGACGGCGCCUUCAGAGCAUGAGAUUGUCGAUGGAAGGUAGGGGUCCGCGACGUGUUGUGCGGAGUGUGGCUUUUCAGAGGCAGCCGCAGGAGCCGCUGCCUCUGCAAAGGGAGCAAAGUUCUCCCCUUGGAGGCAAGGAUUCCGAGGAUGUUUGGAAGAGAGCAGGGAGCUCAUGGUCCAGUCAGAAGCCUGUGCAAGCAGGCGAUCAAGGGAAGCAGGAUAAGCGGAUGCACUUCGAGGACGUGCAGGAUCCACAGGUUCGGUGCACGAACUUAAUCUUCAUCGACCUUGAGACCACCUCGGGAUUCUACGACUUCGAUCAGAGGCCGAAGAUCCUGGAGGUGGCGAUCAUCGUCACUGACAGGGACCUUUGUGAGCUGGACCGCGGACACUGGGUGCUGGGAGGAUUCAGCCAAGAGGAGUUAGAAGGCCUUGGAGAGUUUCACAAGGAGAAUUUUCGAGAUGCCAAGCCUGGGGGAAGCUUCCCACCUUUGGAUGGGUACAGCGGUGGCAACGGCCUUUUCUCGGACAUCUUGUCCUCCAGGCUAUCUACAGAGGAGGUGGAGGAGCAGGUCAUGCAGAUUGUGACGCUGCACUGUCCUCCUGGUGAGUGCCCGUUGGUUGGAUAUUCGGUUCAAUGUGACCGAGAAGUGCUCAAGGACCGAAUGCCCAGGCUGUACCGCCAUCUCAGCCACCAGAUUGUUGAUGUCUCUGGUUUUUUCAUCGUUGCUCGUCUAUGGCUUCCUGAGCAAUGGCAAUACUGGGAUCGAAAGUCCAGCAACUACAACCACAGAGCGGUGAACGAUGUGGAGGAUGCAAUCCAGGCUCUACGCUGGGUGAGAGACAAGUUCUUUUCCGAGAGCGUGCUUCCGUUUGGAGCAAGCAAGGAUUCUUCCAGCAGCUUCUCUGCUCUGAGCUUGCCGGGCAUCUCACGAAAAUAG